AUGACGGAUCCAGGCCUGCCCUCUCUAUCAGAGGUUCAGGAUGCUAUGCAUCACCUAGACAAAAACGGCCCAGGUGCGCGCCCGCUCUUCCAGGACCCAGCAAGACAAAUACGAUUGUUCACCCUCUGGCCAGGGACACAAGAGAGUCCGAUCCAAGGGGUAUUCAGUGUGGCUACUCUCGACGACGGACCUGAUUAUCUGUGUAUAUCAUACGUUUGGGGCGAUGCCUCGGACACCAAAAACAUCGCAGUGGACGGGAAAGACUUCAAAAUCACGACAUCGCUGUUCUCGGUCCUGCGGCGCAUCAGGUCUGAGCAAGAAUACCUCACUGUGUGGGCCGAUGCGUUAUGCAUCAAUCAGGACGAUCACGAGGAGAAGCGGGUGCAAGUCGACAUGAUGUUCGAUAUCUACAGCAAAUGCAAUAAUUGCUUUCUCUGGUUGGGUGAGGUUGACCUCCUCGACGGGGAACUGAGCUUAGACAUUGCUCGCUACGGCUUGAACUACAUCGAAUUCUUCGACGAUACAGACUUGGAAAGAGAAGACAACGGCUUUUCGACGGCUGAAGGGUUGAUGAAGAUUGAUCUCACCUUUCGAAGCCUGGUCAAAUGUCAGUGGUGGCGGCGAAUAUGGACAGUCCAAGAGUGCGUCGCUCCUCACACGGCAAUGUUUCUCUGGGGCCCCCUCACGAUCUCUCGGUCGUCUCUGAUAAAGUUCCGUGAAAACUUUUGGAACGUGAAACCAGCAGGAUGUGAAUGGGCAACUUACAGUUACAAGGGUAAUUCCGAGGCAAUGUUCACGGUAUUGUCAACAGCACAACCACUCUCGAUGUCGAGAACACUAGUCAAAUCAGGGCCACAGACAACGAUGAGUGGUGUAGCUAGUCUUAGCUUCCUUUGGAUGACCUGCGACCACCAAGCUUUAGACCCACGCGACAAGAUCUUCGCUCUACUACCGUUCAUUACAGCAGCGUUAACGAACACGAAUUCAAGCAACUACAAUAUCGACUGCGUUGAGGUAUACAGCCGCGUCACGGUGGAUCUUAUCCAAUCUUGUCGGUCAUUACUCCCACUCAUGGGACGCCGGCAGAGCGAGAUGCCGUUGGAAGGACCAUCUUGGGUUCUGGAUUGGCGUCGCCAACAGGCGGCACAACACAGAGAGCCACUUCCAUUUAUCCGGACUCUCGGCUUCAGCUCCGAAUUCAAUGCCUCACGCGGCAUUCCUGAACUACACUAUAAAGACCUCGUUUCGAGCGACGGGCGGCGCCUCAGACUACGUGGAUAUUUCGUCGGUACGAUUGUGAGAACAAUCAUGUCACCAGCCGAAGUCUCCUCGGGCCCUCGCCACCGCUUUGAUUAUUCUUACACCCUCCGAAAUCUCAUCAAGACAUGGAAACGGCACGUGGAAGAAGAUGCUUUCAGUGAGUUCCGAAGGCUGGAUAGGCCAUUGUUUACAAAGGAAGCCAUCGCAGAGUUUUCUGAGAUGUGGAAUGACAUGGAGAAAGCUAGGGAGUGUCUGCUCGAUUUUUCAGCGCCCGAAGAGUUUGGCAUGAAGAAGAAAGUAAUGAUGCUACUAAUGUGGCUGCAAUCCAGAGUCAUGAACAUCUUUCUCACGUGUGGAGGUCGCUUUGGCGUCGGAACACACGACACGAAAGAGGGAGACGAGGUCUGGAUCCUCUGCUCAGGAUUUAUGCCGCUCGUUUUACGACCAAUCAAAAAUAACAGUGAGCAGGGGAAUAACAAUGGCGACGUUGACGAUUCAGCCACCUUCGCUCUAUCAGGGAGGGGGUAA